UAUGUGUAGUCCCUGUGUUCUGGACAAGGAUGGGGUGAGUGCUGCAGCCAUAGCAGGAGAAAUGAUUUCUUAUCUGGCCACUAAAAGCACAAUCCUUUCUCAACAACUCGCCACCAUCUAUGAAGAAUACGGCUACCACAUCUGUAAGAACUCCUACUUCAUCUGCCAUGACCAGGAUGUGAUCCACAGUCUGUUCGAGCGCCUGCGCAACUACGGGGGCCAGAAGGACACGUAUCCCACUGAGUGUGGUCGCUUCUCAGUCUCUGCUGUACGAGACUUGACCACCGGCUACGACAGCAACCAACCUGAUAACAAGGCUGUAAGGGCACAAA